GACAGUAGGAGCAAAACAAAGGCUACAAGGCCAGCCAGUGCCAAUGUCUCAGUGCGAAUUAAAAACAUACAAUUUCUGCUGGCAAAUUCCCCUUUUCCCUGCCCGUGCACAGGACGGACGGAUAGACGGUAGGGGAGUGUGAAACUAAAUUAAAAACAAAAAAACAGAACUCUAUCAACCCCACGAUAGAACACACCAAAAGGGGAAAGUUCACCGUCCGAGAGUAGCCUGCCCGGGGAGACGGGGACGUUUCUAUUUCCCGGAAAUUUGUUGCAGCCCCGCAUAUUCGCAUAUGUGUCUGUCAACAACAUCGGGCCGCAUUUCUGUAACACGUAAAACACAUAGCAGGCGAGGUUUGCGGCCGACACCACCGUCCACUGAUCAAUCGAAGCCGUUGGGGGCGCGGAGGUUGAGCAGAUUUGCACCAAUUGCGAUGCCAGUCCCAAUUGAACGCCGAUUGCGACGGUACUGACGGUGAUUUUAGUUUAGAUUUGGCGUGUAUAUUGAGCAACCAGAGAAAGGAUUGCUUUCCCCCCGGGUGCGUGCGCGUGAUUUUGCCUUGGUGGUGCAUCGUACUAUGCAAAAAUGGACAUCGCAGGGCUGGUGAAGAAGUCGUACGCCGACUAUGGCACUAUGCUGAAAGAUUCUUGGUACACCAUCAACACGGAAGACUUGCACCUUUCGUGGGCCAUCAAGCUGCUGGUGGCCUUGUUUGCCAUCAUCGCCACCGUCUACGUGUGGCGUCGGAAGCAUCUACGAAAGCUGGAGGAGAAGAUGCAGCUGCAGCACCAGUACGCGUCCCACAUGCGGUUCCGCAAGCGCGACAAGAUGAUGUUUUACGGGCGCCGGAUGCUGCGCAAGGUAAAGUCAAUCUCGGGCCAGGCGUACGGGGGCCAGGGCCGGAAGCGGCGGGCGGUGAUGCGGUUCGCCAAGCGGUUGCUGCUGCGCAAGGACGUGACGCCGACGCAGCUGCUGGUGAUAGAGCCGCCGGCCGAGUACCUGGAGGUCGCGUCCGACGGUAACGAUCGGGUGCCGCCCGACGCCCUCUACAUGCUGCAGUCGAUCCGCAUCUUUGGCCACUUCGAGAAGCCCGUGUUUCUGAAGCUGUGCAAGCACACGGAAAUCAUCAACCUGAUCGCGGGCGAAAGCCUCAUCAAGGUGGGCGACCCGGACGACAGCGUGUUCAUCGUGCAGACCGGCCAGGUGAACGUGUUUCUCAACAAUCCGGACGGCAGCUCGAUCACGCUGAAGGUGGUGCGGCAGGGUGAAUCGGUCACCUCGCUGCUCAGCUUCAUCGACGUGCUGGUGGGCAACGCGAGCACGUACAAGACGGUGACGGCACGGGCGAUGGAAAACUCGCAGGUGAUCCGGCUGCCCAUGUUCGCCUUCCAGCAGGUGUUUGGCGAGUGUCCGGACCUGCUGGUGCGCGUAAUACAGGUCAUCAUGGUGCGGUUGCAGCGCGUCACCAUUACCGCACUGCACAACUACCUGGGGCUGAGCACGGAGUACAUCCAGUGCUCAUCGCAGCGCAAAAAGCUACCGAUCGCACCGGCCACGAAGGGCAGCCCGGGGCAUCGGCGCGUGCCCUCCGACCAGGUCCAUCCCGUGCCCCACUCGCUCGUGGGCGAAAUCCGACCGGACAUGUUGGUCGACCUGUCCGAGGGGACGCACAAUGUGGGCCGGCGCACGUCCGCCCUGCCGAUCGAACCGAUCGAUCACGCGGUGCUGAAGGCGCACGCGGUCGACGGCUUCAUGCAGGAGCUCGAUCUGCCCGACACGUUCAAGCAGACGAUCGAGGAAAGCAUACUGAUCAAGGAGGUGUCGCCGGGCACCACGCUCGUGCAUCAGGGCGUGCUCGAUGACGUGAUGCUAAUUUUCGUGAUCGCCGGUGGGCUCACGCUUACCCAGUGCCCGCAGAGUGGCCCGAUCGCGCAGGACGCUAGCAAGGCGGGCGGCGAGAAGAUGGACAAUCACACCGUCACCAUCUAUCCGGGCGACGUGGUCGGUGGGCUGGCGGUGCUGACCGGCGAGUGCAGCCUGUACACGAUCCGGGCCAAGCACAAUUCGCGCGUCGGGCUGCUCAACAAGGAUGUCAUCUACAGAAUAAUGCGCGAACGGCCGGCCGUAGUGCUCGACAUCGCGAACAGCGUGGUGAAGCGCCUGUCGCCCCUGGUGCGCCAGUGCGACUUUGCGCUCGACUGGAACUUCAUCGAGUCGGGGCGGGCGGUGUACCGGCAGGAGGAAACGAGCGACUCCACCUACAUUGUGCUGAACGGGCGGCUGCGCUCGGUGACGACGCACGCGAACGGCAAGAAGGAGAUCGUGGGCGAGUACGGCAAGGGCGACCUGAUCGGCAUCAUCGAGAUGAUCACGGAGACGCCCCGCACCACCACGGUGAUGGCGGUGCGCGACUCCGAGCUGGCCAAGCUGCCGGAGGGGCUGUUCAACGCGAUCAAGUUCAAGUACCCGAUCGUGGUGACGCAGUUGAUCAGCCUGCUCAGCCACCGCAUCCUCGGCUCGAUGCGGUCGCGCCCGAUCUCGACCAGCUCGUUCACGUCCGUGUCGUUCGACACGAACCAGCAGAUCCAGCACCGCUACUCGACGGUCGCGAUCGUCGCGGUGAGCGACGACGUGCCGCUGUCCCCGUUUACCUACGAGCUGUACCAUUCGCUCAGCACGAUCGGCUCGACCGUGCGCCUGACGUCCGAGAUCGUGCGGAAGGCGCUCGGGGCCGCCAUCAUGGAGCCGCCGAACGAGUACCGGCUGACGAGCUGGCUCGGCCAGCAGGAGGACCGGCACAACAUCACGCUCUACCAGUGCGACAACUCGUUCGGGCUGUGGACGCAGCGCUGCCUGCGCCAGGCGGACGUCAUACUGAUCGUCGGCUUCGGCGACCGGUCGCCGGUGAUGGGCAAGCUGGAGAAGGAGAUCGACCGGCUGGCGAUCCGCACGGCCAAGGAGCUGGUGCUGCUGCACCCGGAGGAGGCCAGCAGCUGCCCGAGCAACACGAUCGGCUGGCUGAACAUGCGGGCGUGGGUGUCGCGCCACCAUCACAUCCAGUGCCCGAAGCGCAUGUUCACCCGCCGCAGUCAGAACAAAAUCGCUGAACUGUACGAGCGUAUAAUGAAGAACGAACCGUACAUCCAUUGUGAUUUCUCCCGCCUGGCCCGGUGGCUCACCGGCAACUCGGUCGGCCUGGUGCUCGGCGGCGGCGGUGCCCGCGGUGCCGCCCACGUCGGCAUGCUGAAGGCGAUCCAGGAGGCGGGCAUACCGAUCGACAUGGUGGGCGGUGUGAGCAUCGGCGCGUUCAUGGGUGCGCUCUGGUGCAUGGAGAAGAACAUUACCACCAUGACGCAGAAGGCCCGCGAAUGGUGCACGAAAAUGACCCAAUGGAGCAGGCAGCUGCGCGAUCUGACCUACCCGAUCACGUCCAUGUUUUCCGGGCGCCACUUUAACCAAACGAUUCGCGGCACGUUCGGCGACAUCUGCAUCGAGGAUCUGUGGAUCCCGUACUUCACCCUUACCACCGACAUCUCCGCCAGCUGUGCCCGGGUGCACACGCACGGCGAUUUGUGGCGUUAUGCACGUGCCAGUAUGUCAGUAGCCGGCAUAUUCCCCCCUAUCUGUGAUACACGCGAUGGCCAUCUGCUGUUAGAUGGUUGCUAUACUAAUAAUGUGCCAGCCGACGUAAUGCGGGCGCAGGGUGCCGCCCAUAUAAUCGCGAUCGACGUCGGCUCGCAGGACGACACCGAUCUGACCGACUACGGGGACGACCUGUCCGGCUGGUGGUUGCUGUACAAGCGCUGGAACCCGUUCACCUCGCCGGUGAAGGUGCCGAACCUGCCGGACAUCCAGUCGCGCCUCGCUUACGUGUCGUGCGUGCGCCAGCUCGAGGAGGUGAAGAAGAGCGACUACUGCGAGUACAUACGGCCACCGAUCGACCAGUACAAGACGCUGGCGUUCGGCAGCUUCGACGAGAUCAAGAACGUCGGGUACGAGCACGGCAAGGCGUACUUCCAAAGCAUGGCGGAGAGCGGGCGGCUGACACGCUUCAACCAGUGGUCGGUGCAUCCGAUCCCGAGGAAGGCAACGCACUCGCUGAAUGAGUACUCGUUCGUCGAUCUGGCGCAGAUCGUGUGCAAGGUGCCGGAAACGUAUCCGGAGCGGGGCUACUCGUCCAGCGAGGACGACUACUACGACGGGUACGCGUCGGAACCGUCGAGCAUGCCGCUGAAGAAGGGCUACAACAUGCCGCUGAUGCGGUCGGCCGGUUCGCUCUCGCUCUCCGACAACGAUAUGGACUCGGACGAGCUGGAGAUACCGCGCCCGUUCAAGCCGCUGCCGGGCAACCGGAACCUACAGGCGGUGGCGGCGACAGCGCCCGGCACCGAUGGGAGCUCCGGCGACGGCAAGAAGCCUUUAGAUUAGGGUUAUUUUUUUUCUCACUCUCUUUCUCUCUUAAUCGCUCGCUUUUGUUUGCGUUCUAUUCGUUCUCCGUGUACGUGUGGCGUAGUUGUAGUGAGCCCAUAGUAGUAGCGUAGUUAGCUGCCACACAGAUGCAAUCGAAUUCCCGUAUUGCGAAUCAGAAGCAUUCAGCUAUUUGUGAAGCGUUUUACCCUGUUUGUUUACGGAGUUUGGUUUUGUUCGGACCAUCCAUAUGGAGAUAGACAUUUUGGUUUGGUUUUAUUUGAAAUUCAAAAAAAAAAAAAACAAUCAUGAACAACUAAAACACACACACCCACACAGAGACCGACAGAGAAUUGUAGUGGAAAUAUCGGGAACAAGGGCAGAGAGGAGCCUGUGCUUUGCUUAUAAUAAACUCGAACGAACGAGUAGAACGACGUGUGUGUAUAGCCGUAUAGAAAGCAUACAAAGACAGAAAUCGAAUACAAACACACACACAUACACACUCAAAACAUAACGUAGCGGGGAGGGGGAGUAGCCUUUAUUGCAACUGUUGCAAACACACGAAACACUCAUCCUCAACCAAUGCCCAAAGAUAAUUGUAAUAAAACUCCGCCAAAACAACCGCACCCUGGUGCGCCCGUUCCCGCGGGGGCCCGUUCCCUGUUCGUUGCAAUAAAUUACGCGCGCGUCUCCCCGUUUUUAAAAAA